AGAAUUACAAAAGAGUUACCGUAUGUCGUACCUUCCUCAUCCUGUCCGCUCUACUUGGGGUAGUCUAUAGAUUUAUAAAAAGUAGCCUAAGCUUUCCGUCACAGCGAACGGUUUUUACCAUCCAGACUCCUCCCGCAGACUGAUUAUCGCCACAGAGACAAGUUCGGUUUGUUUACUCUCGAUUUGGUGGGAUGAUGGAAUGGAAUCCAUCUCUGAGGAUAACAAGGAAUCGGCCUGAUAUGCUCCACAGAUAUAAUCCCAAUUUCUAUGCUGAUCCUCCCGCCAUCGCCCAACUACUUGAAUUCUCUGUCAAGAGAAAGAAAGACACAUUUCGUCACUUAAUUCGUAAAAUCAAGAAGGGAUUCCAUAAUGGCCAGAUGGAGAAGAUUGGAAAGUGCACAAACGAGUUGGGAAAAAUGAUUAGAGAAGAUCCGAGGCUGACUCAAUAUCUUGAUGUGAAUUUCCUUCAACUCCUCGCUGAGUUGCUUAAGUGUGAACAAUAUUCAGACCUCCAGGUACACGCUGCCACCAUCUUUAAACCGGUAGUUACCUUUUCCCUCACCAGGAAGGAUGUUAAGGAUCUCGUUGUUAUGAUUGAACAUAUAAUUCCAAUUGUUGUCAGACUUAUAUGCUUUGGAGUUUAUCUGGUGCGGGUGGAGGCUCUUUGGUUAUUGCGCACUCUUGUUUCUGUAAUUUCAAAAUAUGAAGUUGAAGAAAUUUUAUCCCCAGUGACAUCUUUGAUUAUUGAGGAUUCUACUAGUUUUAAUGUGUUACAUGCCGCCUCUGCGACUUUGCUAGUUGUUUGUGAGGAACAUCCAAAUAUUUCUCCUGAAAAGUUGAAGUUGACCCUUCCGGCUUUGAUGAAGCUUAUCGAGUCUAAUAUAUUGAUGUUACUGACAUCUGGAAGUUGGGGACUUGCAUUUUUGUGCGAUGGACGGGGAGAGAUGAUAGUUGAAGAUAAAUACCUUGAAUGUCUCAUAACUCGUCUUGUUGAUCUCAUGAAUGCUGAAGAACGUGUUAUGAUCCUCUCGGCACUUCAUGCAAUGGGAAGUGUUGUGAAAUGGGGUAGUGAUGACGUUAUUGAGAUUAUAAUCAAGGAGGACGGUGCACUGCUCAUCUUUUUAGUCUUGUUAGAAGAAGAUGAUUUGUACAUUGUGAAACAAACUUGUUGGAUACUUUCAAACAUUACUGCAAGAAAAGAAAAACAUAUACGGGCUAUAAUUGAUGGUGUCCCAGAAGGCAAGUUAAUUGACCCCCUUGUCAAAAUUAUGCUUAAUUGCAAUUUGAAUGAUGUAAGAAAGGAGGCGGCUUGGGCAAUUUCUAAUGCUAUGUGUGGUGUUGGUAUUGAUCAGAUUGAAUGCUUGAGGAAUAGCUGCUCUAAUAUCAUUUGGGCUGAUCUGUUGAAUUCAUUCUCCAGUGAUAGAUUAUUUGUCUUGGUUACUUUAGAAGGUUUACUCAAUAUUAGAGUAGCGGAAGUCACUUGGAUGGGGAACCCAGUUGAUGCUGUGACGUUGCACUCGUUUUUUGAAAGCAUACUCGAAGGCAUAGAUCAUAGGGAUUCCUUUAUUGUAUCUGAGUUCUUCAAUGAGAGUGAUGGGUGGACUGUAUCUGGGCAUUCCUUAAUUCCUGAAUUCCUCAUGUCCAACGACUAUGCUCUAAACUUUAAGUUUGAAGAUCAGCGGUGUUCGAACAUGUUUAUAGAUUAUAAUGGUUCGAUGGAAUUUUGUUAGGUUGUGAAUGGAUAAAGUGAAGUCUUGUUUAUUUGAUGCUGCUGCUAAAUCAAUCUAUUCAAUCAUUUAAUUAUUAUAAUUUGUUUCAAUUUGA